AAUAGAGUGCAAUUAAAAAUACAUUUACACAGUACAUUCUAUCGUAUGAAAAUACUAGGUAUUUUAUAAAGUAAUUUUUAAACAAACUUUAAUAACAAUUAAUAUUGCUGAGAAAUUCAAGUAACAACAGUUGAUAAGAAUUGUGAGAUUUAAUUAGCUCUUCUUUAUCAUUAAAGAAUGCCAGGUGUUACAGAGAUGUCUUUGGACAAUAUGUUCUGUUCUCGGUGUCGAGAAGGUUUUGUACCUCAUGAAAAGAUUGUCAAUUCAAAUGGAGAAUUAUGGCACCCUCAAUGCUUUGUAUGUGCCCAAUGCUUCCGCCCAUUCCCAGAUGGGAUAUUUUAUGAGUUUGAGGGCUAUAAAUAUUGUGAACAUGAUUUCCAUGUCUUAUUCGCACCCUGCUGUGAGAAAUGUGGAGAAUUUGUUAUUGGCCGCGUGAUAAAAGCUAUGAACGCUAAUUGGCACCCUGCAUGCUUCCGUUGUGAGGAGUGCAAUGGUGAAUUAGCUGACGCAGGAUUUAUUAAAUGCCAGGGUAGAGCUCUAUGCCAUACAUGUAACGCACGUGUUAAGGCAGGAGCACUUGGGAAAUAUAUUUGUCACCAGUGCCACGGUGUAAUCGAUGAUAAACCCCUGCGUUUUCGUGGAGAACUUUAUCACCCAUAUCACUUCAAUUGUACUGCAUGUGGCGUAGAACUGAACUCAGAUGCUAGAGAAGUUAAUUCUAGGCCAGGAUAUGCUGCCAACGAAAUGAAUGAAUUGUAUUGUUUGAGAUGUCACGAUAAAAUGGGAAUCCCAAUUUGUGGUGCAUGCCGUCGCCCGAUAGAAGAACGAGUCGUGACUGCUUUGGGCAAACACUGGCAUGUUGAGCACUUCGUUUGUGCCAAAUGCGAAAAGCCGUUCUUAGGUCAUCGACAUUAUGAGAAAAAGGGUUUGGCUUAUUGCGAGACGCACUACCACCAACUGUUUGGCAAUUUGUGUUUCGUAUGUAAUCAAGUUAUAUCCGGCGAUGUUUUUACGGCUUUGAACAAAGCCUGGUGCGUUCAUCACUUUGCGUGUGCAUUUUGCGACCAGAAAAUGAAUCAGAAAACUAAGUUCUUUGAAUUCGAUCUAAAGCCAGCUUGCAAAAAGUGCUACGACAAGUUUCCGCAAGAAUUGAAAAAACGUAUGCGUCGUAUGUACGAUUUAAAUCCAAAAAGAAUACCGGCUUAGAGACAGGAACCAUGUCAUGCCAAUUUGUGCAAAUAAUUUCAUAUAGAGGUGUGCAAUUUCUAACUCAUCAAUGAUACAGACAAGAUUGUACUCGUGCCUUAAUCGAUGACAUUGUAUCAUAUCAAGUCAGUAUAUUUAUUCAAUCGAUAUUUUAAUAUAUCUAUGUAGGUACGAAUGGCAUUAAUUAUAUGCAUAAACUUUAAAA